CGAAUACCUAGAGGGGCUAUUCAGGGUCUGUAUAGUGUUUUGACAUCAGAUUUGCCAAAAUGGCCAACAUAAGUGAAGAACGACUUAAAGAAAUGGAAGAGGAGAUGAGCCGGUUUGAACAGGAAAUCUCAAUGCCAGAGACUAAGAUCCCUGUUGCAAAGUCACCUCUUCGUCCAUCAAUGCCUGGCGCUGUGGCACCAAGACCACCGAUGCCACCAGCGUCUAGCGGGCCUCCACCGCCAUCGCAGCCGAGGCCAACUCUCAACUUCAUUCCGCACCAGCUGCGUCAUUUGCGACCACCUCCGCCUCCUCCGCGACUCCCGAUGGGUGCGCCGUCUUUCUCAUCACGCCCACCCCCUGGCCCACUUGUGCCUCCUCCUCCUCUUCCACGGUUGGCUGCCUCCUUUCUGGCUCCACCACUGGUUCCUCCUCCUGCGCUGCCACCGUUGCAUGAUCAGCAGCCUCAGAAACCUGCUGCGCCACCAGCUGUGCCACCAACACCAGCUUCUUCCAAUGUGAUUGUAGCGGCACCUGCUGUGUAUGCAGCACCCCCUAUGAAGAAGACACCUCAGCCAGCCGUACCGGUUGUGACAGAAAAGGCUGAACCACCCCCAAAAGAGACAAAGUCUAAGAACAAGUCGUCCUCUCACAAGUCCUCUGAGAAACAAAAGUCAUCCGAUAAGCCAUCCACAAGCAAGGCCGUUGAGAAACAGGCAGCCCCUGCCGCAUAUGACGAUGGGAGUGCCCCAAAAAAGAAAAGGAAGGAUCGCAAAGUUGUACGCACAGCUGGCCAACAAGUUUGGGAAGAUAGCUCCCUCAAUGAGUGGGACACCGACGACUUUCGCAUCUUCUGCGGUGACUUGGGCAACGAUGUGACGGACGAGGUCUUGAUUAGGGUGUUUGGCAAAUUUCCGUCCUUCCUCAAAGCCAAAGUGAUUCGGGACAAACGCACCAAUAAGAGCAAAGGAUUUGGCUUUGCCAGCUUCAAGGACCCUCAAGACUUUAUCAAAGCUAUGAGAGAGAUUAAUGGUAAAUACGUGGGUAGUCGUCCCAUCAAGCUCCGCAAGAGCUGUUGGCGGGACCGCAAUAUCGAAGUGGUGCGCAAGAAGACCAAAGAGAAGGAGCGCCUAGGCCUUCUCUGAAUGCACUCACACACUCAUAGGUUACAUCUUGGAGCAACAACAUGACGCUGCCGGUGCUGAACCAACUUCAUGUCAUCGGAGUUCGUACUUGCCUGUCGGCGUCUCCUGUAAUAUAGUACUCUCCUCAUGGACUUUCUGUUAAUAAAUGCCAUCAUCCACUGCGA